AUGACCGAAUCCAACACCCCCCUGAUCUUCGUGACAGGGAACAAAAACAAAGUCCUAGAAGUAAAAGCCAUCCUGGGCCCUACUGCCACGCUUGAAGUCCUAGAUAUCAAUCUCCCCGAGAUCCAGGGUAGUGUGGAAGAAAUUACGCGUGAGAAAUGUCGCGCGGCAGCCGAGACUGGAUGGAUUGUUCCAGCUAGGGGCGUUUCCUCUUUUGGUUGGGAACCCAUUUUUGAGGUCGAGGGGGAGGGAGUCACGUUGGCUGAGAUGGAAGUUGAGAAGAAGAAUGGACUUUCGCAUCGGUUUAAGGCGUUGGUGAAGUUUAGGAAAUGGUUGUUGGGCACUAGGGGACCUGUUUAA